UGCCAGUUGAGUACAAAAAACCUGGUUAAAACAUGUAGGUGCGCGCAUUGUAUUUGUAUUUGUUCUUGCGCUGCACUCGUCGGUCGGUUGGUCGCGUGUGUUAUAUAUAUAUGUGUGUGUGUGUGCGUGUUUUUAUAGUGCGUAAAAAUUAUUCAUAAAAUAGAUUAAAAAAAAAAAAUCAAUUCUAUAAAUACGCAAAUAGUUAACGUUACGCAACUUUGCAAAUAAAUUGCUUAAAAUUUAACUUCCAAGAAGUUUUCCAAUAUUUGAGCGGUGCCAACGGCCCUCAACAACAAUGCAACAAUUUAAUCAAAUUUACGAUAUUUGAAACUGACACAAAACAGCGGCCAGAAUAUUUAACAGCAGCAGCAGCAGCAGCAGCAGCGGUAGCAGCCGCGAAAAGAACAACAAAACAAUAGAAAGAGCAGAGCCCAGCAAAAUACAAUAGGCAGGCAGAGCCGCUUAGUAAAUUCGCUCUCGUCAUGGCCGCUUCUCACAGUCACCACAACGCCAACUUGCUCAGCUCGGACAUAUCCCGGCGCAAUCCGCAGGAUGAAUACGAGCUCAUACAGAAAAUUGGCUCUGGCACCUAUGGCGACGUUUACAAGGCGAAACGGAUACAGAGCAAUGAGCUGGCCGCAAUAAAAGUCAUCAAACUGGAGCCCUCCGAUGACAUACAGAUCAUCCAGCAGGAGAUCUUUAUGAUGCGCGACUGCAGGCACCCCAACAUAAUUGCCUACUAUGGCUCCUAUCUGCGACGCGACAAGCUGUGGAUCUGCAUGGAGUUUUGUGGCGGCGGCAGCCUUCAGGACAUCUACCAGGUGACCGGCCCCCUAACCGAAGUCCAGAUCGCGUACAUGUGCCGCGAGACGCUAAAGGGCCUGGAGUAUCUGCACUCCAUGGGCAAAAUGCAUCGCGACAUCAAAGGCGCCAACAUUCUGUUAACCGAAUACGGCGACGUAAAGCUGGCUGACUUUGGGGUCUCGGCGCAGAUAACGGCCACCAUCAACAAGCGCAAGAGUUUCAUAGGCACCCCCUACUGGAUGGCGCCCGAGGUGGCCGCCGUGGAGCGCAAGGGUGGCUACAAUCAACUCUGUGAUAUUUGGGCCUGCGGCAUUACGGCAAUUGAACUGGCUGAGCUGCAGCCGCCCAUGUUCGAUUUGCAUCCAAUGCGCGCCCUGUUCCUGAUGUCAAAGAGCGGUUUCAAGCCGCCGACACUGAGUAACAAAGACAAGUGGAGCCCAACGUUUCACAACUUCAUCAAGACCGCACUGACAAAGAAUCCAAAGAAGCGCCCAACCGCCGAGCGGCUGCUGCAACAUCCUUUUGUUCAGAGCGAAAUGCCGCUGCGUGUCGCCAAGGAGCUACUCCAGAAGUACCAGAGCCCGAAUCAGCAAUACUACUAUCUUGAUGGCGACGAGGAGACGGUAGCCGGCGUACCGCAGCGCAUUGCCAGCAAGAUGACGUCGCGUGCCAAUGGGGUUCCGGCGCAGAACCACACGCUCAAGACAGGCAUGGCGGCAAAUUCGACGUGGUACGAGCGAUCUUCUAGUCCUGAGACGUUGCCCAGCGACAUGAGCCUCUUACAAUAUAUUGAUGAGGAACUAAAGUUAAGAGCAACUUUGCCAUUGAAUGACACCAAAGAUUCGGCACUUAGUGCCGAGUGCAGCUGCUCCAACAAUUGCGUCGCUGGAGGCGGCAUCGUCAGCGGGGGCGGUGCAUCGACAAAUGGGGGCUACAGCGGGGCUGGCGCGGGCAGCAGCAACAGCAGCGCCGGCGGCAUCAUUAGCGGCGGUGGCGGUAGCGGAACCAGUGGAGGCCAUCAUUACCACCACCAUCAACAUCAUCAUCAGCAGCAGCAUCAUCAUCAUCAUCACUCCUCGGUCACGGGCAGCGGCACAGGCACCGGCACCGGCAUAGCCAAUGUCGUCAUAGCCACUCAGCACAACCACCACAACCACAACCAGAACCACCAGCACCACCAUCACCAGCUUAACCAGCAGCAAUCAACCACCGCACUGACCACAUCCAGCACCAGCAGCGCCUUGGCCUCCAAUUUGAAUUCGAAUCUGAAUCCCAUGAGCAUCUCCGCCUCGCUGGUCUCCAUGCCGGGCCUAAGCGCCUAUCUGGGCCUCUCCAAUUUACGCACCACCAGCAUUGGCGAUGGCGAUGGCGAUAACGACAUCAAUCUAGACGUCGACAUUGCCAUGAAUAAUGCGACUCCUAGUGGCGGUCCGAUGGCGUCUUCUGGGUCGUCUGCUGCUGCUGCUGCUGCUGCUGCUGGCGCCGCCGGCGGCUGUGCCUCUGGGUCGGCAUCAACUUCAGGCGCUGGUUGCUCCGCCUCCGCUGCGCACUAUCUGCGCAAUAGCAGCAACUAUCGCUCGGCGGCGGCUGCGGUAUCUUCAGCCGCGUCUCAUGGUGGCGACAUCCAUGGGCUUGGGUUGCUUUCAUCGCUCGCAUCCGGCAGCACAUCAGCAGCAGCGUCAUCCGCAUCCUUUUAUAAUCGCCUCCUACUACUCGAUAAUUCCAGCGGCGAUGCAGUCGGCGGCAGUGGCGGCAGUGGCGGAGGCGGCGGCGGCGGCAAAGGCAGCAAUGGCCUGGACAGGCACGAGGCGAUUGCCACGCCCCCGGCUAGCACACAGUCAGCAGGCGAUGGCUUCUUGCAUUCCAACAGCGCUUCAACCAGCUCAGCGGCGGCGGUAGCUGCUGCGGCUGCAGCUGCAUCGUUAUCUGGCGCCGGCGUCACAGCCAGCAGCUCGACGCAUGUUUACCAGAAUCUGCUGCGUAGCGGCAGUGAAGUCCUAGAGUCAUCCCAGACGGACGCGACCGGCAGCGAGAACAGCAACUGUGAUUACCGAAGCGAGAGCAACCAGAAUGGAGUAGAGGACUCGCCGCGACGCCACAGCUCCAUGGAUCAGCUUAUCGGUCUGCUCAAUGACAUGGGCAAGACGUCGCGCACGCGCAGCCUCAGCGACGGCGGUGCCCAGGACGAUGACGAGGUCGAGAAAGAGGCGCAGCCGGAUCUGCUGAAUAAUACGCCACCUGUGCCGCCAAAGCGUUCGCAUCGCCGACGGCAUACGCCGCCGAGGCCCAUCUCGAAUGGGCUGCCACCGACGCCCAAGGUGCACAUGGGCGCUUGCUUUUCCAAAAUCUUUAACGGCUGCCCGUUGCGCGUGCACUGCACCGCCUCGUGGAUACAUCCUGAGACACGGGAUCAGCAUUUGCUGAUUGGAGCCGAGGAGGGCAUCUACAACCUGAACAUGAACGAGCUGCACGACGCGGCCAUUGAUCAGCUCUUCCCGCGCCGCACCACCUGGCUAUAUGUGAUCAAAGACGUGCUAAUGAGCCUUUCCGGCAAAUCCUGCCAGCUGUAUCGGCACGAUCUAGUCGCACUGCACUCCAAGCAGACGGUGCGCUUCUCGCUGCACAUGAACAAGAUACCGGAGAGGCUUGUGCCGCGGAAAUUCGCGCUCACCACCAAAGUGCCCGACACGAAGGGCUGCACCCAGUGCUGCGUCACCCGGAAUCCGUACAACGGAUACAAGUAUCUGUGCGGUGCGACGCCCAGCGGAAUCUUCCUGAUGCAGUGGUAUGAUCCGCUCAACAAGUUUAUGCUGCUGAAGCAGUGCGAGUGGCCGGCCAUCAGCAUCCUAGGCGGCGGCCAUGGUUGCGUUCAAAACGGACAUACGCCCGUAUUUGAAAUGAUCAUCACGCCCGAGCUGGAGUAUCCGAUUGUCUGCACGGGCGUUCGAAAGGCCCUCAACGGCUGCCUCAAGUUGGAGCUGAUCAACAUGAACAGUGCCAGCUGGUUCCACUCGGAGGACUUGGAGUAUGAUGCCAUGGCCACAAUGGUGCCUCGCCGUGAUCUCUUGAAGGUGGUGCGCGUUCAUCAGGUAGAGAAGGAUGCAAUUCUUGUCUGCUAUGGCAAUGUGAUGCAGGUGGUCACCCUGCAGGGCAAUCCCAAGCAGCACAAAAAGAUGGUUGCCCAACUCAAUUUCGACUUUAACGUGGACAGUAUUGUUUGUCUACCGGACAGUGUAUUAGCAUUCCACAAGCACGGCAUGCAGGGCAAGUCUCUGCGCAAUGGCGAAGUGACGCAAGAGAUCAAGGACAUGAGUCGAACCUAUCGGUUGCUGGGCAGCGAUAAGGUCGUCGCCUUGGAGAGUCAACUACUGCGCACCGGCUCGCUGGGCAGCGAGGAGGGGCACGAUCUGUACAUCUUAGCCGGUCACGAGGCCAGUUACUAGGCGGCGCUACUUGUUAUUUUAUAAAUAUAAAUACACAUAUGAUACAAGAUUCACACACACACAAUAAAUUUGAGAUGCAAGCGAGCAGCUGUCGUCGGGCGGCGUCAACUACUAAUUGUAAUUGAAUUACUCGUAGGCCGUAAGCUAAAUUAAAUACAAAUCAAGCAUAGGAAACUACAAUUUUGAGGGCUACUUAGAGCGCAUUUAAUUCUAAAACGAGAUUCUUGAGUCUCCCCCCACCCCCAUUUUUUCCAUUCUUUGCCAAAAUCUCUAGGAAUGUAGUUAAAUGUAUUAAACGAGUUAAGCCGCACAGUCAGUCUACCCUGUUCCGUUGUAAUUAUAUUUUUGUAUUACAAAGAGAUAAAAACAGAAAUGCUUUAAAUUGUAUGCCUAACUUUAUUGGUAUUUUGCAUAACAAUUCAUUUUAGAGAGAGAGUAAACAAAAUUUGUGUAACGAACACAAAGCAAAAAAAUUUAGUUUAUAGUUUCGAGAGAUCCGGAAAAGAAGAUUGAAGCAGCUAAAGAGUCAAAGUUGGCAAGUUGAGGUAAGGCGCGUAAUUAUUGUCGUAAUAUUACUGAAAAUUUAACAGAAAUUGCAUAGGUUUUAGCCAUUGUAAAUCGCAAGUGUUUUGUAGUUGGUAAUGUAAAGCGAAACUGCAUUAAAAAGUCGUCUAACAACCGACAAGAAAAGUCUAA